AUGUCCCACAGGAUAUGGGAACAAAGGUUCAGACCCUCUGUGGUUAAAGAAUGUAUCCAUGCUGUGCUUAAGGAGGAACUGGCAAAUGCUGAAUACUCUCCAGAAGAAAUGCCUCAGCUCACAAAACGUUUAUCAGAAACCAUUAAAGACAAAUUGAAAGAAAUGGGAUUUGACCGAUACAAAAUGGUGGUACAAGUAGUGAUUGGAGAACAAAGAGGUGAAGGAGUAUUCAUGGCUGCUCGCUGUUUCUGGGAUGCUGACACUGACAACUACACUCACGACGUUUUCAUGAAUGACAGUUUAUUCUGUGUUGUAGCGGCAUUCGGCUGUUUCUACUAUUGAAUCUUUGAAAAGUUGGGUAAAAAUAUGACCAUGAAGAAAUAUACAUUUUUUUAUAUUGCUAAAUAUCUCAACAAAAUAAAGAUAAUUUGGCAUUUUGGCAGCUGA